AAAUCUUCUGGACUGACUGGAACAGAGAAUCACCAAAGAUUGAAACAGCCAACAUGGAUGGAACAAGAAGAAAUAUUUUGAUUGGAAGUAACCUCGAGUUACCAAACAUGCUGGCUGUUGACUAUGAAAGAAGUGAAAUCUGUUGGACUGACUCAGGACUUGCCCGAAUUGAAUGUGCUGGAUUCUCUGGACAAAACAGACGGGUUGUGUACACACCUGCUGCAUAUCCUUUUGGCAUCACAGUCGUUAAUGGAAACAUAUACUGGACAGACUGGGAAAUUCACUUUAUCCAAAGAGUGAACCGAAAUGGAGGAGAUGCUGAACCUCUCGAACUUCCUCUAGGGGGCAAUGGAAAAUUAUAUGGAAUCACUUCAGUGCCAUCUCAAUGUCCUAGAGUCACAACUCUAUGUGCAAGCCAUAACGGUGGAUGUCAGUACUUAUGUCUGCCAAAUGGAAAUGGACAACGAACAUGUGCUUGUCCUGAGGUUGAUGAAGACUCUGAUGAUGUUAUUGAUUGUAACCAGGUUAUCUAGGCAUUAUUUAUCUUAUUAACGAUAAACUUGGUAAAAUUAUUAUAAUCAGCUCAUGUUGUAAUACCAUUCUUUAUUUAAUACGGUAUUACAUUUUCUACCAAACUGCACACAUAGUUAAUUCCAAUUUUGUGUUUUUCUUAAAUGCUUACUACUCAUGUUUGAACAAUUGUAUUAGUAGUAAAUAAAGGUUUUUUUUAUUC